UAAACCUAGCUGAGAAGCAAUUACGAAACGGAUGCUUUCUCCUCUAGCAAACCUGAUACUAUGUAUAUAUGCCAACAACUCGAAGAGGUCAAGAAUAUAUAUUUAAGAGGCAAUAAGCUAUACCAAUAUCCCAUAACAGAAUCAGAUUCCAUUAUUUAAAAAAAAAUCCCAUCAUUUUGCCUUUUAACAUCAACUUUUCAUCUGUUGUUCAAACACCCCAUUGUUUGGAUUCUUGAGAAAACGCCUGCUGCAGGCCUCAUGACAGAAAGGUUUUGCUGCAUGGUAAUGAGGAUCAAUAUUGACUGCAACGGCUGUUAUAGAAAAGUAAGAAGAGCUCUUCUUGAUAUCCACGAGUUCGAUACGCAUUUGAUAGAGAAGAAGCAGUGCAGGGUAAGCGUUUAUGGCAAAUUUAUCCCACAAGACAUUGCCAUCAAAAUAAGGAAGAAGACGAAUCGCAGAGUGGAGAUAUUGGAAAUACAAGAAUUUAGCAUCAACAAUGAACAAAGUCAUGAGGAGAAGCCAUUGAUGAUCUGUGCUUCUUCUUGUAAGAAUCUUGAAUCCAACCAAAACCAAAUUGCAACCUGUGUAACAUGUACAUGAUGACUAUAGUAUAUAUAUGAAUUAUGAUGAUUUGCUAGCUGCUGCAUCAAGUAAUAAUAUGUAAAAACCUGAUCUGUUAGUUAUAUUGCUCUAAAUUUACCAAAAAAAUUUUAUACAACAUCAACUAAGUCAAC